AUGAAGGCCACGCUCCUCCUGACCAUCAUCCCUCUCAUCGCCUGCGCGGCAGCGAACCCGGUCCCAGAUGCUCAGCCCGAGGCCGCGCCCAUCGCGGAGCCCAUGACUGAGAGCGACUCUGGCCUCUCCAAGCGUGACAACUGGUGCACGCUUUACCCUACCGGCUCCGGCACCAAUGGCGUCCGCACCACCAUCACGCCCACCAGCGGGCGCUUUGGUGUCAGGUGCCUGGUCAACAACAAGUGGGACCAUAUUCCUGGCUGGGGAUGCUACGUUGACCGCAAGUAUACCAACACGGGCUGUGAGAUCUGA